AUGAUUGAUAAGGAGGAGUUGCCGAUACAUAAGAAAGAGGAUUGGUUUGUGAAGCUUACUGCCACACCUAAUCGGGUUUUCAAUGAAAACGUCAUUGUUGCGGCGCGGAUGAGUGAUCAAUGGCCGACUGAUAGUAAAGAAGUUUCGGUUUUUAAGUUCCAGGGUAGAGAGGCACGCCUUUAUCAAGCUGCUUUCCCCACUUUUGGUGGGUCCAUGGGCGUGCGCCCACUGGAAGCGGGUGAGCAAUAUUGGUAUGAAGAGAUUAGACGUCACUUUAUGUAUCCCAUUGCUGGAGCUUUUGCUGAUCCGCCUUCCGCUACUGAAGGUGCGCAUAUACCUAACCCCAGGCCCUUGCGAGCUAUAACUUCUGCUGGGAAAGAGAUUCUCUAUCUUUCCAGCGAGGAGUCUGUUGGGUCUUCAAACGGGGAGCUAAGUUCGUGGUCUAACGUCUUUGCAGGUGUGUUGCGCAACCUGGGAAUUGACCCUGAAGAGAAGAAGAAGAAACCCAACAAACGGAAGAAGGUUAUUACCUUAGAUGCUGAAGUAACCAGCAAGAAGGGCGGGAGUAGCCGCGCGACUGCCAGUGCUGCUGAUAAAGGUGAGAAGAGCGCUGCUGGUUCAAAAAGCUCGGGGAGCGCGGUUUCUCGGAAUCCAGAUGCUGGAGCCACUCCGUCUUCCAUCGCGCUUGAUGAAGAGGAGGAGGAAGAAGAGGAAGAAGAGCAUGCUGAGAAGUUGAUAAGCAGAAAGAGAAGUCGAGAAGAGACUACAGCUGGCGCGUCUGUGGCGCAGAAGGCUGGUGAAGGUCUCGUAAUCGGGAAACAGAGCAAUCUUCGCUCUCUUUAUAAAUUUUCUCCUGAAGCCAAGAAGAAGACCCCUGAAAAGAAGUGUGUUAUGAUUAAAGACCCCCAAGAGCCAGCGCCGAAAAAGACCAAGAAAAAGAAGGCUGCUGAGAAGCCUGUUGACAAGGUUGCUGAGAAGGAGAAGGAGAGGGAGAAAAAGAAGGCUUCUGAAAAGCCUGUCGAUGAUCCUAAGGAGACCGGGGCCGCUGCUACUACUGCUCAUGAGAAAGCGCAGGGUCCGGCGGUCGUCCAUAUCACGGGGCUUGACCAGCCCCUUCAUGAGAAAAGAAAGGAACCUGAGGUUGAGAAGCUGACCAAGCCUACGCAGGCUGAUGCCCCAGUUCAGACUGUUCAAGUAACUUCUACUACUGGGGGAUCAGGUUCUGCUAUUCCUAAGGAAAAAUCUGCUAAGGCAGGUAGUGCGAGCUCUGGUGGCGCUGGAGGGUCUGUGCCGCAGUCACCCAUUGGCCCCAAUGAUACUGUGGGAGUUAUUUACUAUAAAACUUAUACUGAGGCUCGCGGCGAUGCUCCCCACCGAGCUCCAUGGGGUUUGAAGCAGAAGGACACCUUCUUGGAGUUCGCUCCUUGCCGCGACUGGUUCUUAAAUUCCUUCCCUCCAGGGGAAGUCAACCGGCAAAGGGCGCGAACUCAUGAAAGUUUGUAUCAUGCGUAUGUAGUUGGAGAAGCCAACACCUGCGCCACCAACCACCAGAUCGUGCGUGAGUGGCGCACGAUGGUUAAAGAGCGGGCUGAGUGGGAAAAAUAUUGUGAGCGCCUGUUGAAGCAGGUUAAGGAGUAUGAGAAGGCUAAAGCUGCCUUUGCUAAAGAGAAAGCCAAGUUUGAUUCUGAUAAGAAAUCAGAGGAGUGGGGUCGUGAAGCCCUUAGGGGUAAGCUUCGAGCUACUGAAGACCUUUUAGCGAAGGAGCGCGCAGAGUGGAAGAAGAUAUGUGAAAAAGACAAUCAACGUAUGUAUGCCGCGCGCUCAAAAAUCACAGAUCUUGAAGCUCAAGUUACUGAAUUGAAAGGGAAGAUUGAAGAUGAGCGAACUAAUAAGGAACGCGUUGAGGCUGAGCUGAAAGCGCAGGUUUCCAGUAAGGACAAAGACCUGGCGGCUAAGGACAUUGAGAUUGCAGAGCUGAAACGUCAUUUGCAAGAGCAAACCGACAAAAGUGAGUCCUUGGAAAUUGACCUUGAAGCUGAGAGAGGGAAAGCUGCUACUUCUGAGGAGGCUAGGCAAAAGGCUGAAGAGGCGUGA